AUGAAAUAUCACUCUCAUAUAGAGAAUCUGGAUGAAGAUGGAUAUACUCAAUUAGACUUCAGCACUCGAGACAUCCAUAAAAGGCCCAUGAUUUCAGAUAAAGGAAGCCGGGCUCCAUCUUCUCCUUGGAGGCCCAUUGCAGUGGGUUUAGGAAUCCUGUGCUUUGUGGCAGUAGUGGUUGCUGCAGUGCUGGGUGCCCUAGCAUUUCGGAGACACAAUUCAGGGAGAAAUCCAGAGGAGAAAGACAACUUCCUAUCAAGAAAUAAAGAGAACCACAAACCCACAGAAUCAUCUUUAGAUGAGAAGGUGGCUCCUCCCUCCAAGGCAUCCCAAACUACAGGAGUUUUUUCUCGGCCUUGCCUUCCUAAUUGGAUCAUGCAUGCAAAGAGCUGUUACCUAUUUAGCUUCUCAGGAAAGUCCUGGUAUGGAAGUAAGAGACACUGCUCCCAGCUAGGUGCUCAUCUACUGAAGAUAGAUGACUCAAAAGAAUUUGAGUUCAUUGAAAGCCAAACAUCGUCUCACCAUAUUAAUUCAUUUUGGAUAGGCCUUUCCCGCAAUCAGAGUGAAGGGCCAUGGUUCUGGGAGGAUGGAUCAGCAUUCUCCCCCAACUCGUUUCAAGUCAGAAAUACAGCUCCCCAGGAAAGCUUACUGCACAAUUGUGUAUGGAUUCAUGGAUCAGAGGUCUACAACCAAAUCUGCAAUACUUCUUCAUACAGUAUCUGUGAGAAGGAACUGUAA